UAAUAAAAUUUCGCGAAAUCAUCUUUUUCGACUUGUUGUCAAAGGAAUUUUUUUCAUUCAUCAAUUUUUUGAAGUUUUUUUUUAAAAAAUUUAAAUUUUAAAAUCUGAUUUAGAUUUUUUUUUCUCAACUGAUCGAUUAUCAAAUUUUUUUAGAAUGGGACAAAGUCAAUCUGGCGGUGGUUCUGGCUCGGGUGGUGGUGAUAAAGAUGGUAAACGUCAAAAACGUGAACGUCCUCCACCACCACCUCCAUCAACAAUUCGUGGUCGUAAACGUAAAGGUGGAAAAGGUCCUGAUGCAGCAUCGAAAUUGCCCACCGUAACGCCACAUACUCGAUGUCUUUUGAAAUUGCUCAAAAUGGAACGAAUACAAGAUUGGCUGUUGUUGGAAGAAGAAUUCUUAAAGAAUUGUAAUGCUGCCAUUCAGGCCACUCAAGAUAAAGAUGAUAACGCAGAUGAUGAACGUAGCAAAGUUGAUGAUCUCCGUGGUACACCAAUGUCCGUCGGAAAUUUGGAAGAGAUUAUCGAUGAUAAUCAUGCUAUUGUUAGUACAUCAGUCGGAUCAGAACAUUAUGUUUCGAUAUUAUCAUUCGUCGACAAAGAACAGCUUGAACCAAAUUGUUGUGUUCUGUUGAAUCAUAAAGUGCAUGCUGUUGUUGGUGUUUUAAGUGAUGAUGUUGAUCCAAUGGUAAAUGUGAUGAAAUUAGAAAAAGCUCCACAAGAAACCUAUGCCGAUAUUGGUGGUCUAGAUCAACAAAUUCAGGAAAUUAAAGAAAGUGUUGAACUGCCUUUAACUCAUCCAGAAUAUUAUGAAGAAAUGGGUAUACGACCACCAAAAGGUGUGAUACUUUAUGGACCACCUGGAACCGGUAAAACAUUGUUAGCCAAAGCUGUUGCUAAUCAAACAUCGGCAACUUUUCUACGUGUUGUCGGUUCGGAAUUGAUUCAAAAAUAUCUUGGUGAUGGCCCGAAAUUGGUACGUGAAUUGUUUCGUGUGGCUGAAGAACAUGCACCAUCUAUUGUAUUUAUAGACGAAAUUGAUGCUGUCGGUACUAAACGUUAUGAAUCCAAUUCUGGAGGUGAACGUGAGAUUCAACGUACCAUGUUAGAAUUAUUGAAUCAAUUGGAUGGCUUUGAUUCACGUGGUGAUGUUAAAGUCGUAAUGGCAACUAAUCGUAUCGAAACAUUGGAUCCGGCAUUGAUUCGUCCCGGUCGUAUUGAUCGUAAAAUUGAAUUCCCAUUACCAGACGAAAAAACCAAACGUCGAAUAUUCAAUAUUCAUACAUCGAAAAUGACAUUGGCUGAAGAUGUAAAUUUUGAAGAAUUAGUAAUGGCUAAAGAUGAUCUUAGUGGUGCCGAUAUCAAGGCUAUCUGUACUGAAGCCGGCUUAAUGGCAUUACGUGAACGACGUAUGAAAGUGACAGCCGAAGAUUUUCGUAAAUCUAAAGACAAUGUUCUUUAUCGUAAGAAAGAAGGUAUGCCAGAAGGAUUAUAUUUGUAAAAAAAA